CAUAGAUUCAAGGAUCUGCUUAUAACAAGCCACUUGCAGGACUGGGACCUGACUCUCCAAUCAAUACCAAAAGACUUGUAGAGAUCUGAAGAAGACUCUUCGUCCUUCAGCUGUACUAUGCUAGCGGUCCUCCUGGCCAAUGGUUGUUUUGCAGCAGGCAGGACUGCCUCCCCAUUCUCGUCCUGAGAAGCCUUCAGCUCUUCCUAUGUCAGUGGCCACCCGGCCAAGAGCCAGCUCGCCACUGUCCCCGCAGAAAUCUCUUGGCCUGGGGCCCUCCUUGCAGCGCACGCAAGAGGACGAGCUUACAAAGGCAGUGGAGCAGGAUCCUGUGCUGGAGGAACUAUGUAAGCCCCUGUGCUGCAAACUUUGCAAUGUCACUUUGAAUUCAGCCCAGCAAGCCCAGGCUCAUUACCAGGGGAAAAACCAUAGUAAGAAACUUCGGAAUUACUAUGCUGCGAAUAGUUGUCCAGCUUCUGCCAGAAUGAGCAAUUCAGUUGAGCCUGUCACACCUCAGAUUGUCUCCCUUCCAGCUCAGAUGGGCUCUUCUAAACCGGGCGGCCGAGUGAUCCUGGCCACAGAGAACGAUUACUGCAAGCUUUGCGAUGCCUCGUUCAGUUCUCCAGCUGUGGCCCAGGCUCACUACCAAGGAAAGAAUCAUGCCAAGAGGCUGCGUCUGGCAGAAGCUCAGAAUAACUCAUUCUCGGAGACGUCAGAUGUGGGCAAGCGGCGGGCACGGAAAGAAGGGAACGAGUAUAAGAUGAUGCAGAAUAGAAGAAAUGUGUACACAGUUCAGAACAACACAGGUCCCUACUUCAACCCCCGUUCGCGCCAGCGCAUCCCUCGUGACCUCGCCAUGUGCGUCACCCCGAGCGGCCAGUUCUACUGCUCCAUGUGUAAUGCGGGGGCCAGCGAGGAGAUGGAGUUCCGGCAACAUUUAGAAAGCAAACAGCACAAAAGCAAGGUGUCGGAACAGCGGUAUAGGAGCGAGAUGGAGAACCUUGGCUAUGUACAGUGACAUGCCGGCCCCGGCAGUAGUUUGCAGAUAGAGCAGCUUGUCUCACCUGCUGUUUGCCACAUGCCCUGCUUUGCGCUCCAUUUGAUAGGAGUCUGCUCUCUAGCUGUACAUGUAACACCUGCAAACGUAAUGGUAUGGUUAGGUUUCUUUUAUAUCCUAGUUGGCAGGAGUGUGCUCUGCAGGACACCAAGUGUUUUUAAUGUUCGUUUGCUAGUUCUCUAAGGCUCUUUGUUGCAUUGA